UGCCGCGAACAGGAAGUUUUGCGUUCACUUUGCAUUUACUUUAGCGAGUGGAAACUCUCGGAAGUGUGAAACCGAGUGUUUCUCGGCGGUUUUCAUCUGGAGUUACACGUCUUCACAGAGUACCAGGAGUCGAGUGCCAGAAGAACAACGCAAAAGCGACCUUUGAGGUUUCUAGCAGUGGCCUGGCCAGCAGGAUGACCACGUUAACCCACCGUAAUCGCCGUGCUGAGCCAUCGGCACAGAAGCAGGACCAGGAAGAGGACACAGGCCGGUUGAGCUCCCCAGCAGAGGACAACGAGAGCGAUUCCAAGGACCUGCGACUCACGCUGAUGGAAGAGAUCUUGCUCCUGGGCCUGAAAGACAAGGAGGGGUACACGUCCUUCUGGAACGACUGCAUCUCGUCAGGCCUGCGGGGCUGCAUCCUCAUCGAGCUGGCACUGCGGGGGCGCAUCCAGCUGGAACCCACCACUAUGAGGAAGAAGAAACUGUUGGAUCGCAAGGUGCUCUUCAAGUCAGAGGCCCCCACAGGAGAUGUGCUGCUGGAUGAGGCCCUGAAACACAUCAAGGCCACGGAGCCCCCCGAGAGCGUGCAAAGCUGGAUUGAACUCCUCACGGGAGAGACGUGGAACCCUCUGAAGCUGCACUACCAGCUGCGCAACGUGCGUGAGCGACUGGCCAAAAACCUGGUGGAGAAGGGCAUCCUCACCACGGAGAAGCAGAACUUCCUGCUCUUCGACAUGACCACGCACCCCCUCACCAACAGCACGGAGAAGCAGCGGCUGGUGAAGCGCGUGCAGGAGAGCCUGCUGGAGCGCUGGGUGAAUGACGUGCAGCGCAUGGACCGGCGUAUGCUGGCACUCAUCAUAUUGGCGCACGCCUCCGACGUGCUGGAGAACGCGCUCACGCCGCUGUCUGACGAGCAGUACGAGUUGGCGACAAUGCGCUCUCGCGCCGUGCUGGACAGCAACCCCGACGUGGAGGGGGCCAAGCCCCAGGCCUGCGGCAUGAUCUGGGCCGUCAUGGCUGCCUUCAACAAAGCCUGAUGGGCCGUUGCCGGGGGCGGGGGGCACGGGCCGCCUUGAUGUGGCCUUUGCUCCCUCUGACUGAGCGCCCCCCGCGUAGCCGAGCCUCAUGGCGUCGAACACGAAGUGAAGUGGGUAUCGCUCCUGGUGGACCUUAUAAAGCCUUUGUCACAUUUUUCCAAGGCCUAGCAUCCAGGUGUCGCGUUUAAAGCCGCCUCGUUGAACAUGGAGUUGUUCCUCGGAAUGAAGUUAAUGCCGUUUUUUGUUUUGUUUGUUUGUUUCUCCCCCCCUUCCCCUUUUCCCCUCCACCUUCCUACUCCUUCUCAUUCUUUGUAGGCUGGGGGCUGUUAGCUGUGAACGUAGCUGCACAUAUAUGCAAAUGGGCUGUGAAGACUUGGAGCCACAUGUCCGUCUUUCCUUUAUACUCCUCAGAAUGCAACAUAACAGCCCAAAAAAUGUAUCGUUAAGUUUUUUUUUUUUUUGGCCCCCAUUUCUACCUGAGGUUUUAAGGAAUCUAUUUUUUUUUUUUAAAUUUUAUUUUAUCAGAAAGAGUGUUGAUAAAACCAGUUUAUUUAAUUUGUAUAGCAACUUAGGGGGUUGGGGGGGUGAUCCAUCUUUGUGUCAUGAAAGAGAGGGUAAUAGUUCAUUUUUUUUAAUAUAUAUAUUUACUGUUGCCCACAGGCAGGCAGGUUAGUGUAUAUUUGAGGUCGUGUGUGAUGUUUGCCCUUCUCUGCCCUCCAGUACUUGAUCCUGUAGAAGUGUUUAAUGUUCUUCGGAUGAAGGAUGGUGUAUUAGAGGAAUUUCCCUGUUAGGAAGAAUGUCUAAUAUUAUACUAUUUUGUAUCUUGAUAAACUAGAGUGAUUAUAUUUUACAAAAUGUUUGGUGAAGGGAAGUGAAAUGUUAGGCCUUUAAUUUACAUCUAAUUGGAUGUUGAUGGGCAUCACCAAUACAUGUGUACUGAGGGGUGUAAUAUUCUGUACGUUGCUGCUUGAGAAGGUUAAUUUUGUUCGCUUUCUUCAGAUUACCAUGUUUUUGGCCUGUGUGUGUGAGAAAGAAUUUUAUCCAGUAGGAGACUGAGAAAGAUAGCAGUUUAACUUUCCCUGAACCUGGUAUUUCUCAACAGUGCGUCGGCUUUGUACCGCAGCUGCUUUUAUGAAAUGCAAGUUACAGAUUUCCACUUUACCUGUUUUUAUAGCAGUGUUUUUACUGCAGCACUUUAUAUGGCUCAUGGGUACAGGAGCAGCUGGAUUCCUUAACUGCUCUUCUAGCCCCCCCCCCCCAAUGUCCUUUGGAAUCAAACGUGAACUAUGGUGUGUGAAAUGCAGAUAUGAAAUUAUCAGAAAUGUUUAAAAAAAAAAAAAAAAA